AUACUCCUUAAAUACGGUGGGUGUAUAAGAUAUCCGCCGCCGAGCGAUUAUUUGCCGCCUGAGAGAGUAAGAUACAGAUGGAGGCAAAUAUGGCGCCGGCGGGCAUAUACAAUGAUGGAGAUCAGCAGAGAGGCGCUGGAGGGAAGUUCAGGAAGCCUCCGUCGAGGAAACCUCCGGCUAGUCCCUACGCUCGACCCCUGGCUGCACCGAUGAAUAAGUCUGGCCGCGGCGGUUGGUUAGCGAAACUCGUUGACCCGGCCUUCCGUCUGAUCUCCGGCAGCGCCACUAGGAUCAUGCCUUCAUUCUUCUCCAAUCCGUCUUCCAAUGCUCUCCCACUUCUUCCUAUCACCCAAAGCAACGGUAGUUUAUGUUUUGCGCAUACAGAAAAUGAGGAGUUUAUACCGAGUGCAAAGGAUGAAGAGAAGUGCAGUUCUAGUUCUGCAAUCAAAUCUACUGAAAGAAUGGAUGCCAAUGAAGUUUCAGAGCAAGAGAAAGAAAUGCGUGAAGAUGGAAAGCUGGGGCAAGAUAUGCUGAAGAGCUCUCCUGAUGAUUCCAAGAUUUCCAGAAUUGAGCAGCUAUUGAAAGGGAAAUCAUUUUCUAGGGAAGAAAUAGUCCGUUUGACUGAACUUUUGAAAUCGAAGGCUACUGAAGAUCUAGAAGAGGGCGAACCAAGCAUGACGAUAUCAGGAAGGGACAUUCUUUUGUUGCGUGACACACCAAAAAAAUCAACUGAAAGAAGACAGGAAGUUGUGAACAGAGCUCAAUUUGGACCAUUGACACCUCUGCCUCGAACAAAUGUGCAAGAUGAAAUUGGUGCAUCACCCAUUGAUGUUGCAAGAGCAUUUAUGGGAAGCCGAAUGUCAGAUCAAAGCCCUAGCCAUCGUAGUUUUCUUACAAAGGGUGAACGAGACCCAGAAAAUGCAUAUCCAUCAUUUCUUCCACCACCUUUACCUAAACCUUCCCCAUGUUGGCCCACCAUGGUGUCAGACCAUCAUCAGGACCUUACUACACCACAGAAUCAGAGAAGCAGAUAUGGCCUCCAUGACUUUCCUAGGACUCCAUAUUCUAGAACUUUACUAUCAAAAUCUAGAACCAAUAGCAGGUGCCUUGACCUUUCUGUAAAGUCUUCUCAACAAUCUCCCAUGUCAACUCGUGGGCAGGUAAUCUUCUCCCGGCCGUCGUAGUUAUAUCAUCUAACAUUGUGCCGUAUGCAACAAUAAGAGUCUGCUUGGGAUAACCCAUGGAAAGGACAAAGUCUGACAUGUUUGACCACAGUUAUGGAUCAGUUGGACCAAUCAGGAGAUCACGCAAUAAGCUAGGUUCAGAUUCCCAGUCCAGGAAAUCUAUUUUCUUGAAUCCUUCUAAAGCUGCUUCAGAAAUUGAAAGAUCACUUGUUCCUAAAACAUUCGUACCUUCUCAGGGAAAGAAUAAGGAAGCCAGCCACCAACGUGAUGAUACUUCAAAGGCUGGGCCAAAUGAGGCAUGUAGAAUAAUACUAGAGCACAUUAACAGGCACAAGCCAACGCCUAAAGAGAAGGCAUAUGAACUGAAUCUGGCUACUUCUUAUGCAAGGUCAAAUGAGAGUUCCGAACUUUCACAUUCUCAAGUCCUAAACACGACCGAGUCAGUGACAAAAAACUCUUUGAAGGACAAAAAUAGCGAGAAAGGGAUCCUCCAGAGGAAUUCCUUUGGAAAUAGUUUAUGUGUAUCUAAUUCCAAUGGGGGGCCUUCGUUGUUCUCAAAGGCUGAAUCACAAACUAAUAUUUUCUCUCCUCCUACUAGUGAUCCGAGUUCGUACCAGAUAAAGUGUUCAUAUCAAGAAGACCGGAGGGAGUAAUAGUGUAAUACCAUCAUAUGCCUUGUGCAUGCAAUCUGUACGCACGAGAAGUAAUGGUCUUAAAGGGAUUCAGUGAAUUUAAAUAUUUUCAUCUGGACGUACUGAAUGGGAAUUCACUAGGAACUAACAUUGUGCCAAGAGGGACCACACAAAAUUGGUCUUCUCAACAACAGAGUAAUGGCCAGAAUGUCUCCACCAAGCCAGAGAAUAAAUUGCCAGCACAUACUUCAGGAACAAAACCCACUUUGCAGGCCAUCAGUAUAAGCAAGCCAGACCAUAGACACAGCAUUUUUUCCGAUAAUACACCCACUGGAUUCACCUUUCCCGUUCCUGCCUCAAACGGUGCACUCUCUGAACCGCCGCCGACCCCCUCGAUGCCAUCAUCAGCUGCAAAGAUUGUGCCACGGCUGGAUGAGCUGUCCGGUGACAUUCCUUGUUACAGCUUUGGCACAGAAAAAUCCUCGCAGAGACUUGUUUUCUCUUUCCCAUCUACGGAUGCUUCUGUCCCUGCAGAUGCACAAGAUAUCAAGUUCAACUUUGGGCAGGCAGAUGGGAAGAGGAGGUUGUGUUUUAGUACUGUAGGUAAAGCUGUUUGUUAGAAUUUCAUUUUUUUCCUUUCUUCAGUUAACCUGAUAUAUUAGUUGUCUUGCUUUUCAUUUCUUUAUAUGGUCAAUAAUUCUUGUACGAUAGUGCAACCAUUAAGUGCAUUCUUCUGUAUGUCCUUUUUUUAGAAAUGUCUCCAGUAGUUGUAAAUUUGCCCAUUCACGUUACUAGUUAUAGCUGAACUCAAUCCAUUUAUUUUGAAGUACGAAUAGCAUAUGUAUUGAAUUGGUCAUUUUUAUAGGAUAAUACGAGAAUGAUUGGUAACCAUGUAUUUGAUUGAAAUAUUUGAAGGUGCUGUUGGUUGGAAUUACUAAA